AUGAUUGGCCUCACUCUAGCUCACAUUAUCGAGCUUACAGUGCCCUGGGAGGAUGCAGUGGAGGAGGCCUAUGAGCGCAAGAAACUGAGUAGUGUUCAGAUAGUGUGGACAUUUGGACCCGGGGAUCCAAAAACACGCAUUGCCCAAAUCCGUGCUGUGGACAUAAAACCAGAUUACAAUGAUAAAUUCAGGGACAGACUGCAUCUGGACAGACAGACUGGGUCUCUCACCAUCAGGAACAUCAGCAUCACAGACUCUGGAGUUUAUAAAGCACAAAUCAUCAGUAAAAUGAUUUCAGAGAAGAGUUUCAGUUACACAGUCUAUGCUACUGUCCCUGCUCCUCACAUUAGACUCAGAGAGAGUCACUCAGCAGGAAGUGGAUCAUCUUGUUUAAAGUGUUCAGUGGUGUGUUCAGUUGAGAAUCAGAGAAAUGUGACUCUGUCCUGGUACAAAGGGAAAGAGAUACUGAACCAGACCAGCAGCCCUGAUCUCAACACCAACCUCUCUCUCCCUCUGGAGAUAGAAGAUCAGGACAACAACACCUACAGCUGUGUAUCUGCUAACCCAGUCAGUAACCAGACAACACAACUCAACAUUUGCAACAAGCCUAGCAAUACUUUUGGUAGCUGA